AUGUACCGCAAAUUAUUAGGAAAUGUAUUGAUGGAUGAAGAAUGCUGUAUAUGUUUGAAGAAAAAUACGGCACCAACGGGAAGCGGUUACGAGGAUCUUGAUAAAUGUGUUACUGAGAAUAGCUCAAAGACAUUGCAACGAGCCGCGGCCAGUGUGAAAUUUCCAUGCUUACCACCAGAAAUCAGUAUUUCUGACUGUGAAACUAUAGUCGCAAAGGAGUAUUUUUAUCAUCGUUCUUGCUAUCGGAAAAUUAUUAUUAGGAAAAAGGAAGCAAACCAAGGCGAAAACAUAGCAGACGAUGCCUUCACCAAGCUCCUAAAACAAGUCGAAGAAAAGGUAAAUAAUAACUGUGAAGUAUUAGGGAUGCCAUAUAUAUCGCAGUUGUAUUCCGACAUUGUAGAUCAAUUGACUGAUGGAGAGGGAUGUCCAGGUGUUAGCCUACAAAGGACGUAGAGUUUGAAGGAAAAAAUAAAGAAUUGUUUUGGUGAAAAACUGGGAUUCUGGAAAACAUCACGCGGAGGUGAGUUUGUCUUCAACAACAAUCUUGAAAAAGGGCAGUUGAUCGAGGUCGCUGUGAAAGCAAAGAUCAAGAAUCAAAGAUGUGAGGGUAAAUCGCCAGAGGUUGCGCGACUUAUUCGAGAUGAGCUUUUAGAGACCCCGAACACCUAUAGUAGGUACGUUAGUAUAUCGUGAUCUUGCAUGACAAAUUACUUUACCGACAACUUUAAUUUCUAAGUCACCUUGACACCUAUAGCAUUCCGUUCUUGCCGGUUCUAAAAACAUUUUUCCAUUGUAAGACAAAUUAUAUUUCAUUUCAGUUGGCCGCCAUCUGAACAUGAAUAUUUGUCAAGAAAGACAACAGUCCCCCGCCUGACGAAUCGUUUACUUGAAGGUAUCCUUACGAAAAAGGCCAAGGAAACUUCAAAAGUUGGAUGUCUCGUGUCUUCUAUUGGCCAGGAUCUCCUAUACCACGUAAACAGUUGACGAAAACAGACAUCAAAGUGUGCACACUACACUAUCGUUCUUGAUUAAACGAAAGACCGGUUCCAAGCAGCUCAUUACAUGGACAAACAAGUUUGGCCAUGGUAUUUCCUAUGAGGAAGUACUGAUACUUGAAACGAGUUUGGCAGUGGAACAUAGUCAACACCAAGUGCAUCGAUCAUUUACUCCUUCGAUUAUUCAACCAUCAACAUUUGUUACAUUCGUUUGGGAUAACAAUGACAUAAAUCCAGAAAGUUUGAAAGGAAUAACCAUGCAUUGCACAAAAGGGAUUGUUAUACAGUUAUCAUCUUCUAGAGACGAAUCUAAAUCACCAUCCCCGACGUUUCCAGCUACAGCUAGCCCAAACCCAAACCCAAACCCAAACCCAAACCCAAACCCAAACCCAAACCCAAACCCAAACCCAAACCCAAACCCAAACCCAAAGAGGAAAUCGUUUCAGCCAAUGUUUAACGAAAUAUCUUCUUUCAUGCAUAUCAAGCGAAAAAAGACAGACACAGUAGUUGGUGUCCAAUUAAAUGAGCACCAACAAGAACGAGAAAUUUCUCACAUAAUCGACACCCUUUGGGUAGUUGUAAGGAGCCAAGCAAGUAAUUUCUGUGUUCAACAAACAAUACCUAAUUGGACGGGGUUCAACUAUUUAAUGUGCGAAAAUGAAAGGGAAAAUUUUCACAGAAUCGGGUACCUGCCAGCCAUUAACCAAUCGCUAAAAUCCCACGACACUGUUUUGGAACUUUGGUACAGUCCAAACUCAAAGCAGAGAAGCUUGGAUUAG